AUUCUCCGGCCUGCACAAGGCCAUAGUUAUUCUGUGCUUCUACGACUUGUCCUAGGAAGUGCAGGCUACAACAUCGUUGAAAAUCACGGAAGCGGAGAAUCUGCGCAAUCGAUACGAUUACGAUGAGUCACACUGCCCAUCACGAACCCAUUGUCUGGAACGGCAUCGUGUUUGAACAGCUCGAUCCUCCCCAGAAAUACCAAGUCAAUCCAUUCCCCAUUAUUCUCGAGGCCAAGGAGUAUUGUGAAGCUGGCGAUGUGACAAGGACCCUCGAUGCCGUUGAACGAGGCCUUACGGUCGAAGCCCUUUCUAUCGUCGACCUCUAUCCCGUUUUCCUUCUCGCCUGCCGGACCGGACCUGCUGCGCUGGUGAGCGAACUGCUUGUCCGUGGCUUCGAACCGACAUUGUUAGCAGCCCGAGAAGCGAUAAAUGGCAAGAAUGUGGAGAUUUUGGGAUUGCUCAAAUAUAAAGGAUGGGAUCAUCUCGGUCAAUCGACAAAGGAGACUGUGCCUGGCCCACUAUAUCUUGCAGUCUCGAAAGAGGAUGCCGACCGCGACGUCGUACAAUGGUUUCUCGACAAUGGCGCGGAUCCUGAUCGUCGCUGUCUGAUAGACAAGACAGCGCUCAGCUAUGCUGUGAGCCACGCACCCCUCGACAUCAUCGAGCUCCUGAUCGAGCAUGUGCAUCGCCCCCAGCAUGGCGAAUUAUUACAUUCUGUGGCUUUUCGCCCAACCAGCAUGGGCGACCAUGCAGCGCUUAUAGAGCUUUUGCUUCGCCGUACACCUUUCGGAGUAAACAGCUUGAUUUAUGGCGGAGACGUCUACUCCCGUGCAUUGAUUGCGUAUACAGGUGCAGGAACGCCACUUCAUUUUGCCGCCCUCAACGACAGGCCUGAGGUGGCCAGUGCCCUGAUCAAUGCCGGAGCAAAUCCAGCUAUCUUGGACGAUAAAGGGGAUUGCCCGAUUGACAUCGCCCGCAGACAGAAUUACGGGGCGGUAAUCGAGGUUCUAUUACGCGCUGAGAAUCAAGAGCGAAUUUAAAGACAAAUAGCUCUUGAAAUAUACAUGGAUUCCAGAG